AUGUACGAGUGUUACCGUGAUAGCAACGGUUACACUUGUCUGGUUCUUGUGAACGGCCGCGAGUAUCAGACGGAUCUUGCAUACGAAUCGGACAUGCUGGCCCAAGAAAACGCCGCUAUGCGUGCAUUUAUGGUCUGCCGGAAUUUUUCCGUUAACGGUGGCAUGCUGGCCAGGAACGGUAUUGUCCAAGGUCUUCCUGCAGACGAGUCCAACCGGAAGCACCGACGGGGCCGCCAGGCGUCAAGCAGCCACAGCAAGAGCAGCCGCAGCAGCCGGCGAUCCGGUACUCAUUCGAGCAGCUCCUCGACAGCCUCGUUUGAAUAA